AUGAGCACCCCGCCGUCGUCCCUCAAGCAGGACUGGCUGCAUACGCCAUUCGUUCGGGUUGCUCUGCCAUUCAUCAACGGAGGCCUGGCAGGCAUGACAGCAACCGCCAUAAUACAGCCCAUAGACAUGGUGAAGGUUCGACUACAAUUAGCGGGAUCAGCGGCGGACUCGGUCGCAACCGGUGGUGCCAUGGCGGUGACCCGGCCCACGCCCUUUAGCAUCGCCCGCGAAAUCGUUGCGGCUGGCAAAGUCCUCGAUUUGUACACCGGCCUCAGCGCGGGACUGCUCCGGCAGGCCGUAUACACCACAGCACGGCUCGGCUUUUUUGACACGUUUAUGAACGCCCUUACAGCUCGGGCCGCUGCCAAUAACACCUCUGAUGCAUCGAAGGCUGGGAUCGGUUUUGGAGAGCGCGCUCUGGCGGGUCUGGCGGCUGGUGGCCUCGCUGCGAUGGUUGGGAAUCCUGCUGAUCUCGCUCUCAUCCGGAUGCAGAGCGACGGACUCAAACCGGCUGGGGAAAGAGCCAAUUACAAAGGCGUAUUCGACGCGUUGCUUCGCAUCUCCCGAAACGAAGGCAUUACAGCCCUUUGGGCAGGUUGCACGCCGACCAUUGUACGCGCAAUGGCGCUGAACUUCGGGCAACUCGCGUUCUUCUCUGAAGCGAAGACGCGUCUCAAACAGCUCGCAGAAAGCCAAGCUUCUAAGAGCACCCAAACUCUGGCCGCCUCAGCCAUCGCUGGGUUCUUUGCGAGCUUCUUCAGCUUACCCUUCGAUUUUGUGAAGACGAGGCUCCAGAAGCAGACCAAGCGUUCCGAUGGCUCCUUGCCAUACAAGUCCAUGUUCGACUGUUUCCGGAAAGUUGCGCGUGAUGAAGGCUUGCUACGGUUCUACCGAGGCUUUGGAACAUACUACGUCCGCAUUGCGCCUCAUGCGAUGGUGACCCUGAUUGUGGCCGAUUACCUUGGCUGGAUUACGAAAUAA